AUGAAAAUUUACUACAUGUGUGUCCAAAUGAAAAGGGGUGUAGCUGUCUUAGGGGAUUCAGAGGAAGGAGUGGAGCCCCCCCAAAAGAAGACAAAAAUGGAAGAAAUGACCUUUCCUGAAAAGAUCCAUACAGGAGUCACUCACUCCUAUGUGCCUACUAGAGAACUCUUAACCGACAGUGAGUCCAGCUUGGAGGGGGAGGCCCAAGAGGAUAGGCAGGAGGCUGACAGAGCUGAGCCUCCUGCUCUGGAGGAGGAUUCCAGGGCCAAAACACCUGACUGGCUAGUGGCCCUGGACAGUGGCUUCAGGUGCAUGGGCUGUUGCCGGGUCUUCCCCAGCCUGGAGGUCCUUCAGGAGCAUGUGGAGCAUGGGAUCGAUGAGGGCUUCAGCUGCCAUGCCUUCCAUCUUGCCUUGACUUGGCUAAAGAGCAAGAAGAGCAGGAAAGGGAAUAAGAGGAGGAAGAAGAAGAAAAUAAAGAGGAUGAUAUCUGGAAGCCAUUGGGAAAAAACUUGGGGCAUGAGGACAUCCUCAUGCAAAUAG